GCGAUUCUUUUGAUUUUUUUUCUUCCUUCUGAUUCAAAUUUCGCGCGCGAUAUUUGUUGUAAAAAGUUGUAUGGGCUUUGUGCAGUACUACUAGCGCCAUCUGUUCUUGUUGACAAGAAAUAAAGCAGUAAACAGCCACUUCCAAAAUGGAUGCCACCACAUUCUACGGUGAUACCGACUUGAGAAAUCAUGCGACAAACCGAGGGAGGCUUGAUUCUGAGAGGGCUGAAAGGCUGCUGUCCCGAAUCGCCGAUGGCAACACGUCGGACAUUGGUCUGUCUGACGACGACGAUGAGGAGGAAGGACAUACAAGUCAGCUGGCCGGCACCACAGGCAGUGAUGCUCAUCCGUCCGGAUUAGUGAACAGUGAUGAACAAGCAGAAGUCAUCAAUCGACAAAAAAGGAAAGUGGUUUGGACAACUGCGGAAUUUGACCGGCCCCCCACAACAUUUCAUCGCUCCAGUGACACUGAUGUCAAUCUUGUGAGUGAACCACCUGAGUACUUCUUACGGUGCGUCACAGACGACAUUUUUGAAGAAAUUGCACGUUGUACGAACAUCUACUUACUGCAGACAGGAGGAGCCAUCCUGGGAACAACUCCAGAAGAAGUGAAAACGUUUUUCGGGAUGCUAAUGAUAAUGGGAACCCUGAAAUUCCCACGCAUCAGAAUGUAUUGGAAUCCUGCCACGCAAAUACAGAGCGUGUCGGAAGCCAUGAGCGUGAACAGAUUUUUCAGGUUGCGGUCAGCGUUGCACGUCACAGAGCCAGAUGCAAACCAUACUGGUACAGACAAGUUUUGGAAAGUACGACCGCUCCUUGAUGCUGUAAGGAAGAGGUGCUUAGAGUUACCUGCGACUGAAAAAAACAGCAUCGAUGAGCAAAUGAUCCCCUUCACGGGAAGAGUUGCGGCCAAACAAUUUGUACGGAACAAGCCAAACCCCGAAGGGGUGAAAGUGUUUCUUCGGUGCAGCUCGAGUGGGGUAGCACAUGACUUUGAGAUUUAUCAAGGCAAAGGUACCGGCACAUCUGCCGAGCACAAGCAUCUUGGGCUUGGUGGCUCUAUUGUCAUGAGGUUGGUAGAAGGUCUCCCUAAACAAGAGAACUUCAAAUUGUAUUUUGACAAUUAUUUUACAUCUAUUCCGCUACUCCAGGAGCUAAAAGAAAUGGGCAUUUGGGCCAUUGGCACUAUCCGCAGCAACAGAUUGCAGGGAUGCCCAUUGAAGACUGACAAAGUGUUAAAAAAGGAAGGACGCGGCAGUAUGGAUGCCAGGGUCACUCAAGGAGGUGACGUAACAGUUGUAAGGUGGCAGGACAAUGGCAUCGUGAAUGUUGCGUCAACGUUUGUGGGUGUUGGGGAGGCAAAAACUGUGAAGCGGUGGAGUGAGUCCACAAAGCAGCAUGUCGACAUACCAUGCCCAGAAAUUAUCACCAAGUACAACGAAUCGAUGGGCGGAGUCGACAAGAUGGAUUUCUUGCUAUCCUUGUACCCACUAAAACAACGAACGAGAAAGUGGCCAGUGCGAGUAAUUUCUCACUUUACAUCAUUUGCUCUUGUAAAUAGCUGGCAAGAAUACCUGACCGACGCGAAUGACAACUCCAUCCCACGCAGGAAAGUCCAGGACUUUUUAGCUUUUCAGAACAACGUGGGAUUAGCGCUAAUCAUGUCUCACAAGAAUGGUGCCAAGAAACGCGGUCGACCAAGCAACGAAGCCAAGGAGCCACCGAGAAAAGUGCACAAUGCUGAGCUUCGGCCUGUAAAUGCCGUACGGUAUGAUGGCCUACACCACUGGCCAGCACACACAGGCAAUAGUUUUGCUCAGCGUUGCAAGUUGGAAGGCUGCAGGUCAAGGACGCGAGUCCGGUGCAGGAAAUGCAAUGUCUUCCUGUGUCUUUCGGCGACGAAUGACUGUUUCUACACUUUCCACAACAAGUGAGACAAUGUCUUUAUCUUAAUGGUUUUGUGCAAAGACAGCAUGUGCUAAUAACAUCAUUUUCUGUAUGAAAUAAACCAAUUCAUUGUCUGA